AUGAGUGCAACCUUGUGCAGGCUCCCGCCUGAGUUAAAACAGAACAUCAUGUUGGCAACCGGCUCACUGCAAGAUAUCCUGAAUGUAGCGGUAACAUGCCGAGCCAUGUACAAUGCCCUGAAGGACCGCGAAGGCAUCAUCACGUACACCAUACUCUCUCAAGAAAUGGAUCCUGAUCGUCUUGCUAUCGCUGUUGCGCAUCAUGCUGCUGUCAAAGCGCCUUGGAAGUACAGUAUUGACAUGGCAGCCCCCAUCCCUGCCGACCAAACAGCCUAUCUAAACCAUGUUACGGCAUUCUGUGACUUGUAUCUGUCCAAGCAAGCCACUCAGCUACUACUCCCAAUUCCUUCAUUUACUGUUCCAAUGGGCUUGUACAUUGAAAACUUCGAUACGGCCGUCGAGAACAUGGAGUUGAAGAUUGCAUAUGAGUUUAUUCCUCUAGAGUGGCCUUUCGUCAAUAUGGAUAGCCCAACAUGGGCAGAGAUGAAUAAGGUAGCCAGAGCAUUCUACAUCCUAGACAUGGUGUUGCACCUCUUUCCUCGAAGCCCCGUGACUUUAGAGGAGCAUCGUGGAACCGACCCAUCAAAGCACGAUAAGCCAUUUACGAAGUUCUGGAUGUGUUUCGCACCCUGGGAAAGUGAGCAAGUUGAGUUCCUUGCAUGGUAUAUUAAUGAAGAAAUUUGCUAUGAAAUUUCUGACUAUCAUGAUCGAUGUGUUUCUCAAGAGGCCAAUUGUUAUUUGGUAUUCAAUGGAAUCAUAGGAUUCGAACGCGUGAUUGGCAGACGCUACGUAUGCGAAGAAAGAACACACCGAUUCAAAGUGUUAACUGAAUUUCAAUUAUCUGUAUUUUCAGAAUCGCCAUUUCGAAGGGAGCAGUACCACGAAGACCGAUAUCGCUGGUUCUCUCCGGCCAGAAGCCAGAACUCGCAUUAUCACGUAGUCAUCAAGCUCGAGACUAUUCGCCAUUACGAUGUUCUAGAAUCCUAUGGGACGGCCGAGAUGUGGGUGGCGGAUUGUCUAUACUAUGCCACUACCCACCAACACAUGCUAAGUGAAUUGUCGCGAGAAAUCAGCAAUGAACUGAGACGAAAGUGUGAGGGGAAUUACAUCGGGGGUUGGAUUUUCCAAUGUAUUGAUCGCCUUCGACUAGCAAAUCGAGAACUUCUGGGACGAGAUUAUUUUCCGGAGCUAAAUGAUUUUCGUGGAAUCGAGACUUUGAUUCACAAUCUGGAUCCCAAGCGCCGAGGAGUCUGGUAAGCUGUUGCCAACGAAGAUGAUCCUAUUAGGCUUCGUAUUUGAGCCGGACAGAGAGACGCAUUGCUUUCGGGCGAUGCUUCGAUCAUCAGCUAGACCAGGAUGUUUUAAGCAAUGCUGCGCGAGGAAUAUUCCUGUUUCAUCGAGCACGAGGAUGGGGAUAUUGCUAGUAGCUUUGCCGGAAAAUUCGAGUUGACGAGUUAACGCAUUGUGACGGAAAUUGAGUCACUCAUAAGAUAAGUGAUUACAUAAGAGGACGCAUGGAGUUUAAAAUCAAGGAACGAUGUCAGAUAAGGAAAUUCACUUGUGUAUACGAGAAUAAAUUCGCAAUGGAAGAAGCACA